AUGUCCUACAAUCAAUCAAGGGUUGACAAGAACGAGCCGCCGCAGUAUAGAAAAACAGGCCGUUUGGGUCCUCGUUAUUCGGGCGGUGGUAAGGGAGGAGGAGGAGGUGGUGGUGGUGGGAAUUCCCAUCCACCUUCGAACAGAAGCUUUAAGAAGAGUAACAAUAAUGUGCAAGGAGGGCAAUAUAGAGUUAGUGGCGGGAGUGUCGGCUCGAAUAGUAGUAAUGCUGCUUCUGCCGAUGGUGCUGGUUCAGCUGCUGGUGUGGGCAAUGGUGCACAUUCGCAAAUGCAAUCACAUGGUGUACCCGUGUCUGAUACACCUGUUGGUGUCAAGCCGACUGAUACAUCGACUCAGAAGAGCAGCAACCAGGGUGUACCAAAAGCUCCAGUAACAAAUAAUUCGGCUAUUAACUCUGGCCCUGUUGCUCACUCGACUCCUGAGAAAGGUGAAGGAGCUUUUCCUCUCCAAUUUGGAUCUAUAAGUCCUGGUUUAAUGCAGAUGCCUGUUAGAACUAGCUCUGCACCUCCCACUUUGGAUGAGCAAAAGCAGGAACAGGCUUGCUAUGAUUCCUUAGGAGGGGCUCCUGUAAUACCAAUUCAAGCCAAUCCGAAACAUAUGCCUAAAAAGCAUUAUGGCCCUAUUGACCAAUCUAAUGAUGUCGAAGGUCAUUCUAUCUCUGAAGUUAGAAGAGAUGCACAAGUCUCAGCUGGUCCACCAUCAGCCCAAACUCAGAUGACUUCUCAUCAUCCUGUUCCUGGGUUGCCGAGGCCAUUGCCGUUUCACCAGGUACCCAUACCAAUUCAAUCUAGUGGUCCAAAUUCACAACUGCAUCAUCAUGGCAUGAUGACUGGUUCUGUGCCGAUGCCUAUUCAAAUACCUUUGCAAAUGGGAAGUCCUCGAUUACAGCCGCAGGUAUAUGCUCAAAACUUGCAAUCCCGUCUGAUGCAACCUCAAGGAGUCAUGCCACAGAACCAGAACAUCAAUUUUUCAUCUCAAUUGGGGACCCACUUGCCUCCACGUGGCAUGGGAAUGAACAUCGCACCUCAAUUUCUAACACAGCAUCCAGGAAAUUUGGGUAGUCCUCGUAGAGCUGUGAAGAUUACUCAUCCAGAGACCCAUGAAGAGCUAAUGUUAGCUCAGAGGACUAAUGGCCAGCAAAAGGCUGGAUCUUCGGACCCGCGGUCACAUCCUUAUAUAUCAGGUCAUAAUUCUCCUCCUCUAACUAGUACGCAAAUUACUCCAAACUCACAGGUUUCAAGGUUAUCUGAUCAGGUCAUGUCGAAACCAGCAGCCAAAUCACAUACAGAGAAAAAUGCUGAAUCUUCACAGCCAAUCAACUCACCUUCUGCUGAGAAGAAACCGUCCAAAAUUCCCAGUCCACGCAAGGAAGCUAGCUCAAUUUAUACUCAAGUGGAUCCUACAAAUAUAGAUAAGAGGUCUUCACAGCAGUCAAAACCUACAUUGAUGCCUGUUCCAGGUGGACCGACAGUAGAAGUAUCUGCCGUGGAUAGCAUGACAAUGAACACAUCGUCCUCUGCUUCUAGUUUACAUGCAAAGCAUCACCCAUCGGCUGUCCAAGGUACUACCGAAGGUACAAGAAAGGAUAUGGUAAAUAGAUCAAAUGAGAAUGAAGAUGAUAAAAGGAUGCCUAGCAAGAAAAGUCACUCUCUUACUCAAAAGCAGGUACUACACUCUUUUGAAACUUCAGACAACGGGAAGCAAGUAGGCGAAAUUAAAUCGCAUAAUGAGGACUCCAACAUAUUGGUCAAAAAGUAUUCUAGAGAUUUUCUUAUGAAAUUUUCAGAAAGAUGUGUAGAUCUUCCCAAGGGGUUCGAGAUCACUUCAGGUAUUGCAGAAGUAUUGACAGUGUGUUCCGGAAAUGUUGCUCGUGAUGAAUCAUUCCCGGGUCCAGGAAGAAAUGUUGAAAGGCUAAUGGGGGGACCUCGGUUGCAUCGCCAUGGAAGUGGCUUGGGUGAUGAUAGGUGGAAUAAGGGACAAGGAUCCCUAGGCCCUGGACGAGAUUUGCGGUUGGAUUCUGGAUAUGGAAACCAGGGGGCUAAUUUUGUUGGUUCUCGGCCUGGGAAGGCUGGGAACUAUGGUAUUACAAAGAACCAACAUGGACAAUUUCCAGUUCAAUAUUCUGGUGGAAUCCUAUCCGGGCAAAUGCAAUAUACGGGUCCUCAGGUAGGUCUGCAGCGAACUAUCUCUGAUUCCGACAGAUGGCAGAAGGCAGCUAAUUUUCAGAAAGGUCUAAUGCCUUCUCCUCAGACUCCUUUACAGGUCAUGCAUAGAGCUGAGAGGAAGUACGAAAUAGGAAAGAUAACUGACGAGGAACAAGCUAAACAAAGGCAGUUAAAGGGUAUUCUAAAUAAGUUAACUCCACAAAACUUUGAUCGACUAUUCGAGCAAGUCAAACAAGUUAAUAUUGACAAUGCUGGUACUUUAACUGGUGUGAUAUCCCAAAUAUUUGAUAAAGCUCUGAUGGAACCGACAUUUUGUGAAAUGUAUGCUAACUUCUGCUAUCAUCUUUCUGGGGAGUUGCCUGAUUUUAGUGAAGACAAUGAGAAAAUUACUUUUAAAAGGCUACUUCUUAACAAGUGCCAGGAGGAAUUCGAGAGAGGUGAGAGGGAACAAGAAGAAGCUAACAGGCCUGAAGAGGAAGGUCAGACUAUGCAGUCUGACGAAGAAAGGGAAGAAAAGAGAAUCCAGGCACGAAGGCGAAUGUUGGGCAACAUCAGACUAAUUGGGGAAUUAUACAAGAAAAAGAUGUUGACAGAGAGAAUCAUGCAUGAAUGCAUUAAAAAACUGUUGGGUCAGUAUCAAAAUCCUGAUGAGGAAGAUGUAGAAGCAUUGUGCAAACUAAUGAGCACAAUUGGAGAGAUGAUUGACCAUCCUAAAGCCAAGGUCCACAUGGAUGCAUAUUUCGACAUGAUGGCCAAGCUGUCUAAUAACAUGAAACUUUCUUCUAGGGUGAGGUUCAUGCUGAAGGACUCAAUUGACUUGCGGAAGAAUAAAUGGCAGCAGAGGAGGAAAGUUGAAGGGCCAAAAAAGAUCGAGGAAGUGCAUAGAGAUGCUGCCAAUGAACGGCAAGCUCAAUCUAAUAGGCUGACUCGUGGACCAGGCACCGGAUCGUCUUAUAGACGCCAGCAACCCAUAGACUUUGCUCCAAGAGGAUCGAAUAUAUCACCUUCUCCCAAGACACAAAUGGGUGGUUUUCGUGGGUUACCCCAACAACCACGUGGAUAUGGUGCUCAAGAUGUUCGGCCGAAUGAGAAACACCCUUUCGAAAACAGGUUAUCAGUUCCAUUGCCCCAGAGGCCUCUUGGUGAUGACUCUAUUACCCUUGGCCCCCAAGGUGGCCUUGCAAGGGGAAUGUCGAGUAGAGGGCAACCAUCAAUAUCAAACGUUUCCGACACCAGAAAAAUUUCUACCGUUCCGAACAGUCAUGGGUCUGUACCAAAUCAUCCAGCUAAUGCUUCAAGAGAAGAAUAUGUACCGAAAAUUUCUUCAGAAAAGUUUCUCAGCCCGCCCGCUAAUGACCAGAUAAAUUCAUUCGAUAUAAAUAUGAAUCAUGGACGCAGGGAAGUACAAAAUUACACUAACACUGUCGUUACAUCUCGCCCAGUUACACCUCCAACCAAAAGCAAAGAAUCACAUUCCAUUGAAAGUGUUUCUUGUGAAAAGGUGUGGCCAGAAGAACAACUGCAAAAGAUGUCAAUGGAAGCCAUCAAAGAAUUUUACAGUGCCAAAGAUGAGAAGGAACUUGCUCUGUGUGUCAAAGAUUUGAAUGCUCCCAGCUUUUAUCCUUCAAUGAUAUCUAUCUGGGUAACUGAUUCCUUCGAGAGGAAAGACAUGGAAAGGGAUUUACUGGCAAAGCUUCUCGUGAAUCUUGCAAAACCUCAUAAUGCCAUGUUCAGUCAAGCUGAACUUGUUAAAGGGUUUGAAUCAGUUCUAGCUAGUUUAGAGGAUGCUGUAACUGAUGCCCCGAAAGCAGCAGACUUUCUUGGCGGUAUCUUUGCCAAAGUCAUUUUAGAAAAUGUGAUUUCAAUAACAGAAAUUGGGAGGCUAAUAUAUGAGGGUGGGGAGGAACAGGGACGACUAGUAGAAAUAGGCCUUGCAGCUGAAGUCAUUGGAAGCGUCCUGGAGAUCAUACAAACAGAAAAAGGUGAUCCUGUCCUGGAUGAAAUUCGCUCCUCCUCCAAUCUGCAGCUAGAAAACUUUCGGCCUCCAAACUUUAAAAAGUCGUUGAGGCGUUCAAUGGCGGAGAAGAAUCUCCAUGACAACAUCAUCCGUUUGUUGGUUCGAGUAAAACCUAUCUUCUUAAAGGGAAUCGUGGACAAUCUUUCAGUUGCACAAAGGCAGUGGGCUGUGGAAAAUGGAUUCGAAAAAGUUCUACUUUUCAACAUCAAAGAAUCUCCAUGA